AUGAUAAGGCAGGUAGGAGUAGAUCCCGCGAUGGAAGGCCACAGCGAAGCUAGCAUUCACCGCUGCAGUCAAGUGCGAGGACAAGUAUUCUGUGUUCCAAGCACAGGCUUCACCACGACCAUGUCGACAACUACCACCAUGACAGCUGCACCUAGCCAAACUAUCACAAACUCAUCAGAAACCCUAGCAACACCGCUAGUGGUCGAAAAGCCUGUGGAAAAAUCGGGAGUUACGGCCCUAUCGACAGGCGGCUACGAGUUUCCUGGCAUCCCGAAAAUCGCAGACCCGUACAAGAAGAGACACUGGCAGCUUGAGCACAUGGCUGGCGCUUUCAGAGUAUUUGCGCGUAAAGGAUUUACCGAAGGAACUAGUGGGCAUAUCAGCGUUCGCGACCCGGUAGACCCGAAUACUUUCUGGAUCAACCCGCUUGGGAAACACUUUGGUAUGCUCAAAGCUAGUGAUAUGGUUCAGAUUGACGAAGAAGGCCAAGUCAUCGGCGGCAACAAGGCAGCUGUUAACGCAGCAGGCUUCAUGAUCCACAGCGCCAUUCACAAAGCUCGCCCUGACAUCCAUGCGGCCUGUCAUACACAUUCGCCAGCCGGGAAAGCCUGGUCAACGUUCGGAAAACCACUUGACAUCAUCAGUCAAGACACUUGCAACUUUUGGGGAAUUCAGGCAGUGUACAGGUCUUUUGGUGGUGUUGUUUUGGAAGCAGACGAAAGCCAAAAGAUCGCGGAGUCUCUGGGUGAAAAGGGCCGCGUCAUUGUCCUUCAGAAUCAUGGCCUGUUAACGACUGGAGGCACGGUUGAUGAGGCAGCGUAUCUUUUCACGUUGAUGGAAAAGUCAUGCGAGGUUCAGAUUAUGGUGGAAAGCACAGGUCUCACCAAGAACGUGAUCGGGGAAAAGGAGGCCGAGUUCACAGCCAAAGUUAAUGCUGAUCCGGAGACAUUAUACACAGAGUUUCAACCCGACUUUGAGUAUGAAAUCUGGAAGUCGCGUGGAGAGCUGUGUAAAGGAGAGUAA